AUGUCUUUCAAGACUCUCUUGCCAUUGCUUGCGCUCACUGGCGCGAGCUUGGGCUGGCAGCACAAGACUGAGGCCGAAGUCCGCGAUGCCCUCAAGGCGAACGAGCAUAGCUUAGUAGCGUUUGUUGCGCCCUCAACCGCGGCCCUCGAGAAGCACUGGUCCGCAGUUGAAGACGCGGUCCCGACCGCCCUUUCAGUAGAUUGCUCAACGUCGCCCUCGCUCUGCGCCGAAUUCGACGUUGCUUCCUACCCUGCCAUCCGCCUUUACCGCCAAGACGGCACGAAACACCACUAUCGCGGCCCCAGAAAGGCCUCUGAAAUCACCGCCUUUGUCCGCCGCAUGCUCCGUCCCGCCGUCGCUCCCCUCGACAGCAAGGCCGCGAAAUCCUUCAACAAAGACGACGACGUGGUGCUGAUUGCACACAUGGCCGAGUCCGAGACCAAUCUGCGCGAGCGCUUCGCCGAGAUGGCCGGGCGGUACCGCGACCGCUACGCCUUCGGGCUGACGACGAUCGAGGAGGCGCCCGGGCGGAUCGCGUGCUACAACAACGCCGAUGGGGCUUUCCACAUGACGUCUGAUCUGGACGAGGUCGACUCGAUGGAAAAGAUGCUGAAGAAGUGCGCUUCACAGCUCGUACCGCGGUUGACGAGGAGGAACGAGGCCGAGUAUCUGAGCGUCCGUGACCCCCGACAGUCUACAGACUCUGGCAAGUCGUUGACGUACUUCUUCUCCACGGUCGAGGAGAACCUGGACUCGUGGACGUUGGGCGUGAAACCCCUGGCGAAGCAGUACCACGAGUACAUCACCUUCGUGACGGUCGACCUCGGCGAGUAUCCCGACAUGCCCGCGCUCUUCGGCCUUCCUGCGGAUGCCCGCGAGGGCGUGGCGGUCUACAACCCGGCCGCGGGGCUAGCGUUCCCGUUCAAGGGGGAAAAGAUCACGGUCGACGCCGUUGCGCAGCACAUUGCCGACAUCUCCGAGGGCAACGCCGACGCUUGGCAGGUGGGCGAUCCUGCUACGGACGAGGAGAUUGUGGAACAGGUUCUGGACGAGGUCCCGGUGAAGGGAGGGGAGACGGAGGCGACUGGAGAGGUCAAGGAGACGACUGAGGAGAAGGUCAAGACCCACGACGAGCUCUAG